CCACCUGUGCCCAGCAGUGCGCCCACUAGCUCCGCCCACCUGUGCCCAGCAGAUCACCCACCUGUGCCCAGCAGUGCACCCACCUGUGCCCAGCAGUGCACCCACCUGUGCCACUCUGCAGUGCCACCUACCUGUGCCCAGAAGUGCCACCUACCAGUGCUGCCCACCAGUGCCACCCACCAGUGCAGCCCAGCAGUGCUGCCAGUCAGUGCCACCAGUCAGUGCCCAGGGGUUGUGCCAGUCAGUGCCACCAGUCAGUGCCCAGCAGUGAUGCCAGUCAGUGCCGUCUAUCAGUAUCCAUCAUCAGUGUCACCUAUCAGUGCCGCCUAUCAG